AUGCAAGACUUUCAAAAGAAGCGUGGUCGUAAACCCAAAGAUGGUGAAAAGAGCGAAAAGAUUGAAAGUGUCCGUUAUAAGUGUCCGUAUACUAAGUGCCUUCUAGAAUACCAUUCAAGUCUUGGUUACAAGCGCCAUUUGAUGUACUACAAACAUUCACUCUUUACACCUUCAGAUAAGAAGAUUCUCUGUGGAGCUGCUAAUUGCCGUGAAAGUGAUAAUCUUAAAGAUCAUAUCUACCGCGUCCAUUCAGAAGAUGCCGCUGAAUUACUUGAAGCCCAUGAUAUUAUGACCCGAACAGCCGAAGAGACUGAAGAAUCUCUCACUCCCCAAAUGGACCAUGAUAUUGUCCAUGAUGAAGGUCUCCUGGAUAUUUCCCGAGCGAUUGAAGAACCUGGAGCCAUUAGAGAUAUUCUUCUUCAUACGUUUCCCUUAGGUGUUACUCAUAUUACUGAUCCAGAAGCCUUUGUUGAAUCACAAGUCUUCUUCUGUCGUAUUCCUGGUUGUGGCCGGCAGUUUAAGAGUUUAAUGGCUUAUAAGUACCAUUGUGGUAAGUUUACUCAUUUAUUCAAGGCUAUUGUGGAUGCUUAUAAUGAAAGUCAUCCGCCUUUGGAGUAUAGUGAAGUCCGAGGUCUCUUCCGGAAGAAGUUCAAUUUAGAGAGUCGGUUUUUACUGGAAGGUGUAUCUCAUCAUUUAGCUAAGAUGCCCGAUCAGCACUAUAACUUUAUCUUUACUUUUGAUGAUACCCAAACCGGUCAUGAAAAACGCCGGGUUAAACGCCGGGCUUCAGAUCUGGCCGAGUUUGCUCUUCCGGCUGAAGAAGAUCCUGAGGAGGCGCCUAAACGACCGGCCUUAGAAGAAACAGAUCCAGCCCAUAUUGAAUCGAUUGUUUUGAAUGGCCGACGACUGCCUAAUGUUCCGGUUUCAGUCCAGGGCCGUUUAUCAUUUCGAGCACUUCCUCAUGAGAUAGUUUUUAUGGCUCCGCUAUCGGCCACUACUUACUUGAUUGGGGCUAAAUCGGGUGAGAGUGAAGCUACUUCGCCGGGUGUCUUUCAGUUUACUUCGGUUGGUAAUGGGCAGUUGUACGUUCUUGGGGAAGCCAGUAAUAUUCUGAAUGAAGUAUGUAUUGAGAAUCAUGGAUUUCCACGAGCAGCAGCUGUACUUAGUCCUGGGGAGGUUUUAGUCCUCUUUUCUGAUGGCAGUUUGCAAAAGUUGUUAUUUGAUAAGACGUACAAACAUUGUCAAUUACCCGAUCCGGCUCGGGAGACAAAAGAGUUCUUUGAAACCUUUACGAACAUUAUUGACUUUACUAUUCUUGGCCAAGACUUGAUCUUAUGCACGGCGACUGGAGAUCUAAUCAAUUGUACAACGGAAAAGGAAAGACACUUUUCGGCUCCUCUGGUUUGUGUUAGUUCUACAUCUGAAGCUGUUCUGGCCGUAGAUACAAAUGGUCGGACUUACUGUGUUUCCCGGACAUUUGCUGAUCUGUGCAAUAUUCCUUCUAAGGUUGGUACUAAUACAGUUGCUGGUUUGGGUGUAGCUCAUGAUUUAGUCUUUAUUAGUAACUCCCUGUAUGGUUUGGGUCGGAUUUACUCUAUUUCUGCUAAUCGGACUUUACUAGCUGCACCACAGGCCUCUUCGCACGCUCUACUGGUGCGAGCUGGUUUUGUAGUGGCCGCUGGUUUAGAUGGCACUCUUUACGUCUGUGGGUAUGAAAGUGAUCCUAAAGUUUACAUGAAGGUUAUUAAAGCCGAAAUGCGAGCUGAAGAUAUCUACAUUACUACUUCAGAAGAAGAACAUGCCCUGAUUGAAAAUGCACCUCCUACUCCAGCUCAAGACCAUCGUACGUGCAUUCAAGGCAUUAUUGCGCAAGGCAGUGCUUUAGUAGUUGCUUUUGCCUGUGGUGUAGUUAUUCGUGUAACUGACUUCUUCCGUGAACCUCCCCGUGUCCUUGGCCUAUCUGCAUCCUAA